UGCGCACUAGAGACCCAGGAAGCGAGGGGGCCGCCGCAGGUACGCAUGCGCGGCUGGCCAAGUGAGCCUCUCGCAGAGCGGCUGCUCAAUGAGACAUGGAAAUGAUGGGGACCAGACCUUGCUAAGAGAAGAAUUUGGAGAAUCAGAAAGUUCUCCAGGAUCAAUUUCACGUGGUUUUGUGACCUACAAUUAUUACUUAUUCUUAACUGAGAGUUAUUAUAAGAAACAGGCCAGUUAAAGUUUUAAAAGCCUAACUAUUCAGAGAAAGCUUUCAUUUCGGAGCAUUCUAAAAUCUAACAAAAUAUAAUUUAUAAGCAAAGCGAUUGAAGCUGAAUAUUGAUACGGAGCAUGGAUGAUGAAGAAGAUGACUACAUGUCCGAUUCCUUUAUUAAUACUAACCAGGAUGUCAGACCAGGAAUACCAUUGCCAAGGCGCAUGAAAGAAACCUUUAAGAAAGAAGAAAAACAAAAAGAAGCCAAUGAGAAAAGUAGGCAGAAAAGUAUAAAAGAACAGGAGAAAGAACAACGUGACACAGUUUUAAAUAUUGCAUUGGGCAAUGAAAACAAAGGUUUUGCUAUGCUUCAGAAGAUGGGCUACAAAACUGGGCAACCUCUUGGCAAAAGUGGGAAAGGGAUUGUUGAGCCCAUUCCUCUCAACAUAACCACAGGCAGGAGUGGGAUCGGACAUGAAGAAGUAAAGAAACGGAAAGCUGCCGAAGACCUGGAAAGCUAUAGAAGAAAAAUGCAUAUGAAAAAGCAAGCAGAACAGCAGACAGCUGAUCUCUUCAAAAUGAGACUAAGGACAAAACAAGAGCAGCUGCAAGUCAAACGGGACCUUGAGAAAAGUCAGAAAGCCUGUCAACAAUUAGAUAUGCAAAAAGGUCUUGAACUCCCCAAAGAGAUUUGGUAUUGGAUAAUAUCAGACAAUGAAAAAGAAGAUGCAGAGGAAGAAGAAGAGGAGGAGGAGGAGGAGGAGGAGGAGGAAGAACACAAAGAAUCAGAAAAGUUGCAAAUUCUGACAGCGUAUUUAAGGAAAGAAUACUUUUAUUGCAUCUGGUGUGGCACAGCAUAUGAAGAUCAAGAAGAUCUAUCUUCAAACUGCCCUGGAGACACUUUCGCAGAUCAUGAAUAGUGCUCUUAUCAAGGAAAACAGGAUCAAAAAGUCUGCUUAAGAUCUAUGCAGGGAUCUGGGUUCAUGAGGCAACCGACUACUUUAGAAGACCACAUAUUUUUAUAAACUGAAGUAUUUUGUGAAGUGUUUUAUGUUUAAAAUAGGAACUUGGUGAAUGAAUUUCUAAUCAUUUGGAAGUGCACCCAUAAAAUGGAAGUUGGAAACAGGAGUUGUGCAAAUCACUUGACUGUAACAUGGCCGAAUGGUAUUUUCUUUCAAAAUGGAAUACAAAAACACAGCAAAGCAGCUGAAAGUCCCUGACCGUUUUCUCCCAUUUUAAGAUAGGCACCAGCCCUUUUUACCUGUUCAUACAUUAUGUCAAGGGUGUGACAUCCCUAAUGAAAUAGGACAGUGUAGCUGAAGAAGUCCUAAGUGGUAGUCAUGGGGCAUCUGUGAUAAAAUUUGGGAGUAAACCCUGCUCAGUAGCUCUUUUUUCUGAAUAAAUGAACAAAUGUAACACUUUACUAUUGACCAUUGUUUUGUCAAUAUGAUAUGAAUGGGUUUAAACACUUUGUUUUAUAUACACAUUUAUAACUUGAAUAACUUGGAAGGCAUAGUGUUCACUCUCA